AUGGAUUCCUUUGAGAAGAAACUCUCUAAAGCAACAUCUAUUGAUAGUCGAGAGAUCUUAGGAGCAAUCAGUAUGGUGGUAGACCGACAAGGGACCCCUCUUUACCACUAUGCAUCAGGCUAUCAAUCAUUAGCCCCCGAUGACCCGUCCAUUCUUCAUAACAGUGCCUUCGUCAUGGCAUCAGCAGGCAAAUUCAUCACCCACAUCGCAGCUCUCCAAUGCGUCGAGCAUGGCCUCAUCAGCUUGGAUGAGCCAGUUCAUCCAUACCUUCCAGAAUUGGAACACAUUCACGUCUUGUCAAAGAAUCAGGAACUGAAUGCAGUAGCUCGAUCUUUUGAUUACCGACCAGCAAGUCGGAAGAUCACGCUUCGCCACCUUCUCUCGCACACGAGUGGUGUUGGUCAUAAAUCUAACCCAAUGAUCCAGGAAUGGCGAGCUGCGAAAGGCGAAGCUCCAAAAGCAGAUUAUCAUCCGAAGGCGAAGGCUGGAAUUAUGGAGCGAGUAUCCAAUGGACUGGUGUCCUUGUCGUGA